AUGUGUGGAAAGUCUUUCGCCAAAAAGGCAUGCCUUACUAUCCACCAGAGAACACAUACUAGAGAGAAACGUUUUGAAUGUAACAUCUGUGGUAAGUCUUUCACCCAGAAAUCAAAGCUUACUGUCCACCAGAGAACACACACAAAAGAAAAACCUUUUGAAUGUAACAUGUGUGUUAAGUCUUUCACCCAGAAGUCAACUCUCACUGUCCAUCAGAGAAUACACACAGGAAAGAAACCUUAUGAAUGUAACAUGUGUGGAAAGUCUUUCAUCCAGAAGUCAGAGCUUACUGUCCACCAGAAAAGACACACAGGCGAGAAACCUUUUGAAUGUAACAUGUGUAAAAUGUCUUUUGCCUGGAAAUCAAGCCUUACUGUCCACCAGAGAACACACACAGGAAAGAAACCUUAUGAAUGUAACCUGUGUGGAAAGUCUUUCACCCAGAAGUCACACCUUAUUGUCCACCAGAGAACACACACUGGAAAGAAACCUUAUGAAUGUAACAUGUGUGGAAAUUCUUUCACCAAGAAGCCAAACCUUACUGUCCACCAGAGAACACACACAGGACAGAAACCUUAUGAAUGUAACGUGUGUGGAAAGUCUUUCACCCAGAAGGCACACCUUACUGUCCACCAGAGAACACACACUGGAAAGAAACCUUAUGAAUGUAACGUGUGUGGAAAUUCUUUCACCAAGAAGUCAAACCUUACUGUCCACCAGAGAACACACACAGGAAAGAAACCUUAUGAAUGUAACGUGUGUGGAAAGUCUUUCACCCAGAAGGCACACCUUACUGUCCACCAGAGAACACACACUGGAAAGAAACCUUAUGAAUGUAACGUGUGUGGAAAGUCUUUCACCCAGAAGGCACACCUUACUGUCCACCAGAGAACACACACAGGAAAGAAACCUUAUGAAUGUAACAUGUGUGAAAGGUCUUUUACCUGGAAGUCAAACCUUACUGUCCACCAGAGAACACACACAGGAAAGAAACCUUAUGAAUAUAACGUGUGUGGAAAGUCUUUCACCCAGAAGCUACACUUUACUGUCCACCAGAGAACACACACAGAGAAACCUUAUGAAUGUAACAUGUGUGGAAAGUCUUUCACCAAGAAGUCAAACCUUACUGUCCAACAGAGAACACACACAGGAAAGAAACCUUCAUGUAACGUGUAUGGAAAGUCUUUCACCCAGAAGGUACACAUUACUGUCCAUUAGAGAACACAUACAGGAGAGAAACAUUAUGAAUGUAACAUGUGUGGAAAGUCUUUCACCAAGAAAUCAAACCUUACUGUCCAUCAGAAAACAAACACAGGAACGAAACCUUAUGAAUGUCAUAUGUGUGGAAAAUAUUUCAGCCAAGAGCUCCAAGUUACUGUCCAUCAGGGAGCACACACAAGAGAGAAAUUU